AUGGAGCGCCUCAGCCGCCAGUUCUCCUGCACGAGCAUCGGAGACCUCGAGGAGUUUGAUAAGGCGAGGAAGGAGGCCGAUAAAGCGAGGAAGGAGGCGAAGGAGAAGGCGAAGAGAGAGGCAGAGGCGGCCGCGAACGCGGUCGAGGAGGAGAUCCUGGGAGCCGGGACGCAGGAAGACAGGUCCACGACGCCCACCCCGAUUCCCGGCAGGCACCGCGCGCCGACCAGCGCUCGCCACGGCGCGCAGCCCAACGCGCACCUCCCGCCCAGGUCGCGCAAGGCGCAGGUUGGGGACUAUGCGGCGGCGGCGCAGGCCGACGGCGCCGCCACCGAGAUCGAGGACAACGGCUCGGACACGGAGAUGGAGGAGGACGACCGGCCGCGGCUGACGAGCGAGACGAGCUUCCCGCGGCUGACGAGCCACACGAAUCUGACCGCCAGCAACAUGACGCCCGAGGAGCAGCGGGCGCUGGCUGCUGAGCUUCGGCGGGGGUUGUUUGGGCCGGACGCCGACGCCCCUAACGCGCAGCUCACUGGCGACGCCCAGCUCACCGCCGACGCGCAGGUCUCUGGCGACGCCCAGCGCACCGCCGAACAACGCCAGGCGCUGAAGGACGCCGCCCUCCUCCCCGCACGCCUCCGCAACCGCGGUAUACGCGACGAGUGGCGGCGGGCGGUGCCCGAGGAGGAGCGCGCGAAGGGCUGGUCGCAGACGACGAAGCUGGCAGCGUGGGAGAAGAGGGCGGCGGGCGUGGAUGCGAGCCUGGCGGCGGGUGUGGGUGCGGGCGCGAGCACGAGCAAGCCCAUCUCCACGGCCUCAAACAAGCCCCCAAGCUCGCAGGCGCCCUGCUCGACCCGGAUCUCCAAGCCCCUCGGCGGCACCACCCGCGCCGCCCGCGGCGUCGAGGUCCCGCGCGAGGUCGGCGUGCCCCGCCAGGUCGACAUCCAGCCCGAGCGCGGCGUCCCGCGCGGCGUCGAGGUGUCGCGCGGCGUGGUGAAGGCCUCGGUCGGGCAGGCGCGGCUGAUCGCCGCGCCGCCGGGGGUGGGGUGCGUGCCGGCGGCGGCGGCGGCGAGGAGGAAUGCGGCCAACGAGACGCAGAGUGGCGCUCAUCCUGCGCAGGGUGGUGCUCCCCAAGCUCCGACGAGCAUCGCGCAGGGAACGGCCCCUCAGCCCGUCCAGAGCAGCGCUCCCCCGCACGCCCACAGCACCGCGCCCUCGGUUCAGCCCGCCCGUCCUCUCGCAGCGCUCGCGGAGGCGUCCUUCUCGAGCACCAAGACCGAGAUCGGCAGCCCCACUUUUUCGCAGCACCGCCUCCCGCCGCCUCUGGCGCCCUCGACGUCCGCGCAGGCACCGCCCAUGCCUGGUCAAGCAACCACAACCAUCCUUCAGGUCCCCCGCUUCUUCACGCGCGUUCCCCGCUCCACCGUAGUCCACGCCCCGAAUCUCGAGCAACUCGCCCACCUCGCCCAAGGUCCCGCCCCCGCGCAAGACGGCCAGCCCGCGCCCCCGCUCCCCCCGGACGUCCUCCUCUGGAAACAGAGGAUGGUCGCGGCCUUCCUGCAGCACCUGGCCGCGACCCGCGCCGCGCACGCGCACGAGCUCGCCGCGCACGAGGAGGUCCUGCGCUGCCGCGGCGCGCAGAUCGCGGCCGCGCAGGACAUGGCGCGCGCGGCGAUCGAGCAGCAGCGCGCGGCGCUCGUGCGCGAGGCGGCGGAGCUGGAGGCGCGGAAGCGCGAGCUGGCGGAGGCGAUGGCGCACGCGCGGCAGGCGACGCUGGUGGAGCAGCAGGAGCUGGCGGCGCGGCGGCAGGCGUGCGAGCAGCAGGAGCAGGCGCUCGCGCAGCAGCAGGAGGCGCUGGCGCAGCAGCACCAGAUGUGCGAGCAGUGGCAGCAGUUUUACGAGCAGCAGCAGCAAGCCCACGAGCAGCAGCAGCAAGCCUAUGAGCAGCAGCAGCAGCUGGCGUAUGCGCACCAGCAUCAGUAUCACGAGCAGCAGCGCUGGGCGUACCCGCCUCAGCAGGCCGACGCCCAGCAGAUGCAGCUCGUCCACGCGCCACAGGCUUCGACUUCCGCUGUCCAGCUUCCCGCGCCCGGAUACCAGGACCCGCAGCCAGCCUUCGCCGCGCGGUGGACCGUCGAGAACCAGCCUACCUAUGCGGACCAGCCUCCCGCCACCAACAGCGUCACCCUCAACGCCUGGGCACCCAAUCUGAACGCGCAAGAUCUCUCCGGCGUCUUCAACUCGUGGUCGCGGAAACAGUAG